AUGGCUUUUGAUAAAUCUGCACUUUCAUCAAACUGGAUGAAACUUAAAAAGAAGACAAAGAAACCUUCAGUCGCUUCAAAACUUACUAAAAAGACAAAGAAGAAAGAUUCUACAAAAUCAAUUAUAGAUCAAAUAACGAAUGAUAUAGAGAAAAAGGAAAAUAAAAAUAAGAAUCUUCCACCAACAGAUCCAAAAGAAUUAACAAAAUGGGCAGAUGAUAAUGAUAUCCCCUUAGAUGAUCUUUCAAAAGUUUAUGAUAUUUCAUCAGAAUAUAAACAAGCAUCAUUAACGCCCGGUAAUUUAUCAGAUCAAAAAAAAUUACCAGGGAAAUAUUUAGCUAUAGAUUGUGAAUUUGUUGGUGUUGGUCCAGAAGGUGCUGAAUCCGUUUUGGCUCGUGUAUCUAUAGUAAACUUCCAUGGUCAUACAGUUUAUGAUAAAUUUGUUAAACCAAGAGAAAAAGUUACAGAUUGGAGAACUUGGGUUAGUGGUGUUACACCUGCUCAUAUGAAAAAUGCUAUUGAUUUUAAAACUGCACAAAAAGAAGUUGAUGAAUUAUUUAAAGAUAAGAUCUUAGUUGGUCAUGCUAUACAGCAUGAUUUAGAUGCUUUAUUAUUAUCACAUCCAAAACAUAUGAUUAGAGAUACUUCCAAACAUCCACCUUUUAGACAAUUAUCAAAAGGUAAAACUCCUGCAUUGAAAAAAUUAACUAAAGAAUUAUUGAAAAUUGAUAUCCAAGGUGCUGAGCAUUCAUCUGUUGAAGAUGCAAGAGCUACGAUGUUGUUAUAUAAAUUGCAUAAAAAAGAAUUUGAAAAAUUGCAUCAAAGAUUUAGACCAAGAGAAUAA